GCAAACGAGGCCAGGUUUGAAAGACGAUAUAUAUAUAUAUAUACGCUCACUAUGGUCUUUAAACCGUUCAAGCCCCCUUCAGUAAGGAAACCGUUUCAGCCUCCGACUUCGAUCCCGAAACCCGAUUUGUCGGACACGGCGGCCUCGAAAAGCGAUAAUGAUGAUGAGAAUCAUGCCGAUGAUGAUGGUGAUGGUGAUAAGCCACUGAAGAAGCGACCGCGGCUGGCAUCAGAUACAAACACAGAUACGGAUAAGAAUACGAGACCUGCCAUAGGGCUGUCGACGAGCCAUCAGAGACGAAGGCCUUUGUUGCAGGUGAACAAUGGGAGCGAAUCAUCACUGAGCAAUAGCUCUAAUAGUGGUGAGGAUGUUUCUAUCGCAGAGAGAUAUUUUAAUGUGUUAUGGCGAAAACCAACGACGAAGAAAAAAAACAAAACCUGGGAUGGUGACGGUAUUCUUUCCUCGCGGGAUGGGUACGUUUAUCUCCAGGAUGUCUCGUCGGGCAAGGAUAUGGGCAGGGCGAUGCAGGGGCCCGGGGCUACUCUGAACCCUGGUGUUGUGCUUUCUGUUGGCGGCAAGGAAGUUGAGAUUGACUCGGAGAUUCCGAGGACGGAGUAUCUUUCUGGGAAAAGGUUUCUGGAGAAUAAUAACAAGGUUGUCGAGCCUGCGCGUACACCUGAUUCCGAGCCUGCAGCAGGAAGGAAGACUCGAAUGCAGCCGGAGAAGAAAGCAUUUGUUCCUGCGUCGGGGAAUAUGACGGUUGAUCUGACGGUUUCGCCUGUCGGGAAGAAUACGACGACCGCGACGACGACGACAAGGGCGAAGAUCCAGGUUGAGAAGAGGCGUCCGCCCGGGUUGAGUUUGAGCUUAGGCCUGGUGGGUUCCGCGUCGAAGAAUAGCGCGGGGGUGUCGAGUGCGUACAAGAGGCCUUUGGUUGAGGGGGCAGUUGUGCCUCCCCCUCCGUCAGCUUCUUCUGUGUCUUCGUUGAACCGACCGGUCCCGCGCCAUGACCCGAACCAGCCCGGUGCGUUGGUGAUGAAGAGGCCGGAUACCGUACCUAAGGGGAAACAAGUUGUCGAUGUGGUUGUGGAUCCUAUUCUAGGGAAGCAUUUACGGCAGCACCAACGCGAGGGAGUGCAGUUUCUGUAUGAGUGUGUGAUGGGGAUGAGGUCGUUUACUGGGGAGGGCGCGAUUCUAGCGGAUGACAUGGGGCUAGGGAAGACGCUGCAGACAAUUACGCUUCUGUGGACAUUGCUAAAGCAGAAUCCGGUAUACGAGAGUCCUCCGGUGAUCAAAAAGGCUUUGAUCGUGUGUCCGGUCACUUUGAUUAAUAACUGGAGGAAAGAGUUUCGCAAGUGGCUUGGGAAUGAGCGGAUUGGGGUCUUCGUUUUUGAUGAUAAAAGGAAACGCUUGACGGAUUUCACGAUGGGCAAGGCCUAUAGUAUUAUGAUUGUUGGGUAUGAGAAGUUGAGGACUGUACAGGAGGGCCUUGCUCGUGGGAGUGGAGUGGAUAUUGUUAUUGCAGAUGAGGGACAUCGGUUGAAAACGCUGCAGAACAAGAGUGGCCAGGCUAUCCAGUCGCUCAGUGCUACGAAAAGGGUCAUUCUUUCGGGCACACCAAUCCAGAAUGAUCUGAAGGAGUUGUUUGCCGCGGUUGAUUUGGUCAACCCGGGUGUUUUGGGGUCAUUCAAGUCCUUUAUCAAAGAGUUUGAGGGGCCGAUCGUGAGAAGCAGACAGCCCGAAGCCACGAGAAAGGACAUCGAAAAGGGCGAGGCAAGAAAUGAAGAGUUGAGAGAGCUUACCUCGAAAUUCAUGCUCCGAAGGACAGCUGACAUUUUGGCUAAAUAUCUGCCCCCGAAGACGGAGUACGUGCUCUUCUGCAAUCCAACAACCACGCAGGCAAAGAUAUACCAAAAUGUGCUUUCAUCGCCAGUCUUUCAAUGCGCCCUGGGCAACUCCGAAAGUGCUUUGCAGCUCAUCACCAUCUUAAAGAAACUGUGCAACAGUCCCUCCUUGCUCGCACCGAAAAACACCGACGACACCCCCAGCGAGACAAUCGCAGCCUUGCUAUCCUCCCUCCCACCGAACCUCCUCCGCCACUUCUCCCCAUCCAGCAGCGCAAAGAUCCGCGUCCUAGACCAACUCCUGCAUAACCUGCGCACCUCCACUACCGAAAAAAUCGUCCUCGUCUCAAACUACACCUCCACCCUGAACCUCCUUGCCACUCUCCUCACCUCGCUCUCCCUCCCCUUCCUGCGCCUGGACGGCUCCACCCCGGCCCAGAAACGCCAAGCGCUCGUCGAAGACUUCAACCGACUCCCCGCAAACCUAUGCUUUGCCUUCCUCCUCUCCGCUAAAGCCGGAGGCACAGGCCUCAACCUUAUUGGCGCCAGCCGCCUCGUCCUCUUCGAUGUAGACUGGAACCCGGCAACAGAUAUCCAAGCUAUGGCGCGGAUCCACCGAGACGGCCAGAAACGACCCUGCCAUAUCUAUCGGAUCUUGCUAAAGGGUAGCCUUGAAGAGAAAAUCUGGCAGCGCCAGGUAACGAAGCUCGGGCUUGCCGACAGCGUCAUGGAGCGCAAGGACAGUGUUGCGCAAUUCUCGCGCGACGAGCUGAAGGAUUUGUUUCGCCUGGACACGCAGAGCAAAUGCCAGACGCAUGAACUGUUGGCCUGCGAUUGUGGCGGGAGAGGGGAUGCGGAAACCAGCAAUACCGGCUCGCAUUCACCCGUAACUUCAUUAGAAGAAAAGCAAGAAGAAGAAGAAGAGGAAGAAGAGGAAGAGGAAGACGACUUCCCCGACCUCCCAACCCUAAUAAAGGCCUCUGAACUCGACAUGGAAAAACAAGAACAACUCUUGCGCACUACUACCGCACACCAGAAACGUAAACUUAUUCUCUCUUCUCGUCGCUCAAGCAGCGGCAGCACCGGUACCACCACGCAGAAAAACAAAAUGAUCCAGCAGUCUCUAUCGCAAUAUCUGCAUAUCGACCCUUUACUUCUUUUCCCACUCGAAGACGCAAACGGGGCCCAGACUGACGGAGUGGAUGGCGAUGAUAAUAAUGAGCUACAGCAGUUGAUUGACGACGAGGUACUGCGUUCCGUGCUAAGGUCGGAGGAGAAUAGGGUGCAUUAUAUUUUUAAGAAGGCGAGUUCGUCCGAGAUGAAGGGGGGUGGUGCUUCUGUUUUCCUACGUAACCUAGAAUAGAAUUUAGGAUUUCUGUAUUAUUAGAAGUUCACAUUUAUCAAU